AUGUCUUCUCAACUUCAUGCUCACCCCAGCUCCAUACCCUCACAGAUUCUAUAUACCCUUCUCACUCCUAUCACUGUGCCGUCCCAGCGCGCACGCUUCACAAAUUGGGGCCAGACUUUUCAUUGCACCCCUCUAGCUAUCUUUGAACCAGAGAAUGAAUUCCAGUGCGAGCUCAUUCUAGAGCUUGCACGUCGCGAAGGAAAGGUCGUGAGGGCUGUUGGCGUCGGUCACAGUCCAAGCGAUCUUGCAUGCACCAAUGGAUUUAUGUUGCGAACGACGAAGAUGAAUCGGGUUUUAGAGGUGAACGCAGAAAAGCGCUAUGUGGUUGCCCAAGGCGGUAUCACGCUUCAUGAGCUCCACAUUGAGUUGGCAAAGAGCAACCUGGCCAUGAUGAACGUUGGUUCCAUCUCUGACCAGACGCUAGCGGGCAUCAUAACAACCGCCACCCAUGGUUCUGGCAUUGGUUAUGGAGUCAUGUCCACCCAUGUUAUGUCGUUGACGCUUCUCCUUGCUGAUGGCUCUCGCGCCUCAUGCUCGCUUAACGAACGUUCCGAGCUAUUUAUCGCCACGCUUUGCGGUCUGGGGGCGACGGGCAUCAUCCUUUCCGUUCAAAUGGAAGUCGAACCCGCGUAUCGCUUGAAGGAGUACCAAGAGUCGCUUCCAUUCGACGAAGUUGUUUCAAAUUUUGACAGACUUGUCUAUUCGGCUGAACAUGUCAGAUUUUGGUGGUUUCCCACCGCUGAUAUCAUACGCUGCAGCUACGCUGAUCGAACAACUGAGCCCAAAAAACCAGCGGGAAGUUGGCUAUGGCAUUCCUUCUUGGGCUACCACGUUGUCCAGUUGCUAUUGUUUCUCGGGCGGUUUUUCUUGUUCCUUAACCCCUGGAUUGCCAACUUUGCUUGUUGGCUCAUCAGCAAUAAAUCUAUUGGAGUUGAUGAUGGCCAUCACAUAUUUAAUGUGGACUGUCGGUAUCCGCAACACACAACGGAGUGGGCAAUUCCGUACGAAAACGCUGAAGCCUGUCUUCGAGAUUUGAGGUUUUGGUUGGCAGCAGAACACGAAGACCCACAUGGACUAAGACCUCAUUUCCCAAUUGAGAUUCGGUUUUCUGCACCAGACGAGAUAUUUCUCAGUCCCAGCAACGGUCAUCGUACAUGCUGGUUAGGAAUAGUCCAAUACAAGCCAUACGGCUUCAAUGUUCCAUAUCGAAAGUUGUUCGAUGGAUACGAACGCAUCGUAUCUCGUCACGGUGGCCGUCCUCAUUGGGCGAAAGCCCAUCGACUGUCGCCGAACACCCUUCGACAACUAUACCCCGCCUUCGAUGAUUUCACUCGGGUGCUUGAAAAUGUUGACCCAUUUGGUAUGUUCCGAAACGAAUAUGUUCAACGACACAUAAUGGGAAGGCCAAUCGACGUACGAAUCUUCAAGAAGCGCCAAUUGUAG